AAUUUGCAGGGGGUUUGAAUGCCUCUCUCAAAUUCGGCUAGUAGGAGCAGAUGAGGUUUUCAGUGUUGUGGAAAUUCUUUGGGUAUUCCAUGAUUCUAGACCGUGGGCAUCAAACAAUAACCAAUAUUAACAACAAACCAAUAGCAAUGUUCUCUUUUAAAGCCUUCUUUUAUUAAUCAAAUCAAGCUUGCAAUGCGCAAAACCUUUUCAAGUGUUUUAGAGAGGGUUUCUCUUUAUAGCUACUUAGCCUUUUAAUGUUGUAUGCUGGUGAUGGAUAUAUGUGUUGACUGUGAUUGAGGAAUUCCAAUUCCAAACAGUACCCAGACAUAUGUAAUAUGCCUUUUCCAAUGAAGGCUACUUUACUGCACUCACACUAGCCAGAGCUAUACAGGGAAGACUGGGUUAGAAUAUGCAUUCACUAAACUAAAGUUUCUCUCCACUGUCGGACUGUUGCCUUUCCCAAUGAAGGCUACUCUUUUCAAUCAAACCAGUCUCAUAAAUAACAAAUACGAGGUGUGCAGGAAGUGUCUCAUUCGUGCUAUAGGAAAGAUUAUGGACUGCCUCUUUAUUGUGUCUUAAAUAAGCAACGUGUCUUUGGAGGUCUGUGGUUGCCAGCUCAUGUGUGGGAUUACUCUUAGCACACGAGGAACAUUCAGUAUAUAAUCUCUCUGUAUGGCCGUUUGAAGUCAUGUAUCCAAUUUAUGUGACAGUCAAACCAUUCAUUUUUGCAUCUAUAACCACAAUGCCAGUCCUUAAAGGCUGCACUGUCUAUAGCUGGAAGAGGCUUCACCUGGUUUGACUCUCCACAGACCCUCUGACUGUGUUCUUGUUGUUUUGUGUCAGAGCUGUUCUCCAGGGUGACUCUGUCAGCCUCUCCGAGAGCCACAGUGAAGGAGGGAGAGGCUCUUAACCUGACCUGUGAGGCAACAAUGAACAAAACCCUCCACUCUCAACUCCACUACACCAUUCUGAGAGACGGGGAGCCUGUGAUUAAUAGCACUGGCCCUGCACUGUACAGCAUAGCCAGCACUGAGAUGAGCCACGCUGGGAGCUACACGUGUGCUGUGGAGUCACAGGGAGUGAGGAAGAGCAGCCAGGAGUUACACAUUGAAGUGCAAAAGUCCUGGUCGUGGAUCACUGUUCCUCUCAGUGUCUCGCUGGCUUCGAUCAUUUUUAUUCUGGUCACAAUAUUGCUGUGCUACCGAUACAAGACCAAAGGUUUUCUUUUCACUGCUGCCAAAUCGAGGCGCCCUGCUGAUCAGACUCCUGCACAGCCCUUGAGAGGAAUGGAGCUCUCCAGACUUGGACAACAGCCUGGUAACUGCACCACAUCCAAAAUAGAGACCGUAUACGCAGAAGCAAUGCCAUGUCAACAGAACCAAGCUGUGCAUGUCACUGACACCCCCUCAGCAUCCAAUGGUGACGAAAUCCUUUACUCUACGAUUGACUUAAAGAAUACAAAGCCAGCUAAACCCAGAUCAAAACGCGACUGUGAUGCCCUGUACUCUGCUGUCCUUGUCAAGAAGCGAGAAGAUAACCCCAGUGCUGCAGACAACAGUGAUGCCCUUUAUUCAGAGCUCGACAUGAAGAAUGUGAAGAAGAAGGGCAAACCCGCAGCAGGUAAUGCAGAGUCCAUGUAUGCCACAGUCCUCCCAAAGAAGAAAAUGAAAUAAAGGACGAGGGUCCCCGGGGAUGAGAGCCAGCCUGAAUCCGGAGACACUGAGAAGGAGUGCAUGUCAGAGAUCACAGUCCCUCCUGAAAUUAGAGACUGGGAUUCAGGCCUGCUCCUAGCUACUGAACUGGUUGAUUGAUUUAGGACAGCGUUCCUGGGCCAGUCUACAGAUAAGAAAAACAUUGGACUUUUACUGUGCAAACACGUUAUAUUUGAUAACAACGACACAUACAAAUUAUAUAUAUUAUAAACACAUAAUU